AUGACAGACCACCACAGCAUUAAACCAUGGCAGAGAUUCAAUCACUGCCCAGCAGCUGUCCAGAGCACCAGAACAGACUGCUUGGCAAGGUAUCUGAAAUGUAUGAAAGGAGCAUAAGGAUAAGUUCUGUAUGAAUUUAGUCCAGUGGCAUUCAUCAUGCCUAAUGACUAUGUUAAAUGUAGAGCAGAAUACAGCAAGGAGAGACAAUCAGCAGACGAAAAACACAGCUAUUGGAUUUGCAAGCCUGUGGAUCUCUCCUGUGGAAGGGGUAUACUCAUUUUCCAAGACAUUAUAGACUUAGUAUAUGACUGUACAGUUAUUGUGCAGAAGUACAUUAGCAACUCCUUGCUCACUUCAGGGUAUAAACUGGAACUGCACCUUUAUGUAUGUGUGAUCAGUUUUUCCUCCUCACCAUUUACAGUUAUGAGGAAAGUCUGGUGAGGUUUUGCUACUGAAAAGUUUGCCUUUGGUUCUAUGGACAAUGUUUAUUCCCAAACACCAACCAGCAUCAACAGAUACAGAGUUUCAUGUAAAAAAUACAAAGGGAUUAUCUGUGGCUGUAAAUGGAUGUUCAGUGAAUGUCAUUCUUACCCUUGAAUAUUUAGGAUUGAUGCCAUGGUCCUCUGGCAGAGGAUCAAUAACACAGUGAUUCUUACCCUGCUUGGUGUUAGCCCCUUACCAGUGGAUUCCAAUUGCUUUGAGCUCUUUGGCUUUAACACCCUGGUUUAUGACCAAUUCAAGCCACAACUUUUAGAAAUCAUGCAUCCAGCCUUGUGUUUCAGCUGUUCCAUUGAUGACACUGUAAGAAGAAAACUUUUUCACAAUAUUGCUGAACUGCUGAACUACAAGCAGAUUGACAUUUUCAGGCAAAACCCAGCAGCUGGAAUAAAGGUUGGCAGAAGGUAUGUGCCCAAGACCACAGGUGGUGAGAGUGCCUGA